ACUGCAACCUACUUCUCGGUGCAAAUCGCUCAAAAGGGUUAAAUUUAAAUAAAAUACUACUCUGCAGUCCUGUAUUCCUGUAGGCCAAACCAAUACGUGGUGACUUGUGUUGUAAAGUUGAGUGUUUGUCACGAAAGAAUCCUGCUUCAUCGUCCACUUUACGGCUAGCCUCUAGCUGACCUCUUUUCCUGCACUCGUACUCACUUUUCAAACCUCAAAGCUGAAGAUAUGUCCCUGUCGAGGCCGAUUUACAACCUGCUCGGUUCCUACCUGGAGCAACUCUUCGAGCAUCCACUUCGCACAAAAGCAAUAACGAGCUGCGUUAUUGCAUCCUCCGCGAACUUGGUCUCACAGAAGCUCGGUGGUGUCAAGCAGGUCAACAAGGAUUCGGUUUUGGCGUACGGUUUGUUCGGGCUGAUCUUUACCGGACCUCUGUCGCAUUUCUUCUACAGCUGGUUGGAUCGUAUUACCAACGAUACUCGCUUCAAGAAGCUGCUUAUGUUGCUUGGAGAACGGGCCCUAUUUGCGCCAGUCAUUACCGCACUCUCGCUUUACUUUAUCUCGCGAUUUGAGUACAAAAGCCACGAUGAGGCACUCGGCAAUUUGCUUACCCAGUUCCGAAGCAUUCUGCGCGGUAACUGGAAAUUCCUGACAUUGCCCGUGUUCAUCAACUUCAACUACGUUCCACCUAUGCUACGCGUUCUGUUUGCCAACAUCAUUGGAUUCUGCUGGAUGGUUGUGUUGUCAACUAAGAGAAGGAAAGCGGAACAGCGCCGUCAACAGCAGGCACAGGACAAGAGCAAAUCCACCUGAUAAACUUUCCCCUUUUUGAACUGUGAAACGGCAUUUUUAAACGGAACAGGGCUUGAUCGCCUGCCAGGAACACUGCAUUUGAUUGUAUUUUCUUACAUAUUCCAUUACCGGGUACAUGUAACGUUUGGUGAAGAAGAAACGAGGACAAAUACGCUCCUUAGGGAUAGAUAAGGGAUUUGGGAAUGAACGAAAACAGUGGUUAAUCUGCUAAGUGUUUUGUGUUAAGUAGUCAACAAAAAUAAAAACUCUAACGUUAGGGGAGAUGUAAUGUUAAAGUUUUCGGUGUUCUGAUUAAUUCAAAUAAAAUCAAACAU